GUCUCCUUAGCCUUAAGACAGCUGAUUCGGUAGCAUCCAGGCGCUCUUCUUUUCCUCCGAGAAUGAUCUCCGGCUCUCGAACACUGACGGCGACCGCACGGUCGACGGCGAGCAGGUCGAGGCCUUCAUUACCUCGGAGGCCUUCAUCAAGGAAUGCGUUUGACCUUAUUUAAAGACUUCUCGUUGAGUUCGAUUGUUUCACGUAUUAGCACUUAUGAUUUCAUCAGAGCCGUCCGUUUUCAAGUGCCUAGGUAGCUGCGGAUUCCGAGUCUCAAAGCCCUCGAUAAAUCGUAAUCCCCGUCUCCAACGGCGUUUCACUCCCUCGAUCUCUCUGGCCGUUGGCUAAACCCUAAGCCGUACCCCUAAUCUUCCAAUGGCUUCGACCUCCGUCCGAUCAGUAAACCGCGUCGCUCUAUCUUCCCUCAGGUCAUUCGCGGCCAAGUCGAAGCCGGCUGCGCGAUCGCCGCCCUUCUCUGGCGGAUCCACCGCCGUCCCUCCUCCUGCUCGUCGGUUCUCAUCCUUCUCUAGGUUGCCGGUGGAGCUGGGAUGCUGCAGCGGAUCUCUUCUCCCGUUGCACAGCGCCGUGGCGGCGGCGAGGCUGACGACACGGCUGAGCUUGACGUCUAGGAGUUGCCGCGCACUCUCACAGGAGGUUGGUCUGUCAGCUCCAAGGUGAUAGCUGAAGCUGAUUAACAUGGAAACCAUUUUGGACAUGGAAGAACUUUUGGGACCUCUGCACUGCUGAUUGUGUAAGCAAAACUUUAGCUGUUAUGAUCUCUGAUAUAAUAUUUUUUACAAAUCUUUGAAAGCAUAGAAACAUCAGAUGUUACCUAAUUCUUCAGCUUAGGUGAUC